CUCGAUACCACAUUUUAGUUGUCAUGUUGAAAUAGCUUUAUUUACAAACCUAAAAUGAGAGCUAUUUUUAUAAGAAAAAAACAAUUUUUCUUAUUCGUGGCCGUUGUGCUUGUAGUUUGGUUAUUGGGAUUCGUUUACUUUCUAGGAGAUAGCGACCUGUUUGCGUAUUUCAGCAAUGCAGAAUCAAAUGAGAGGCAAAUGGAGAGAUUUAACAAAAUAUUUCGAGACAACAAGGAAAAACCUAUAGCACCUGACAUCGAAGUGCAGAAGCCAUCCAUACAAAAAAUAGAAAUACAGGAAGAACCAGCAAAACCGAAAGUUAAAUAUGGCGAUAUGGGCAAAGGUGUUGUUCUUCCAGAUUAUGUGCCACCAGAAUUACAAACUAAAAUAGAUGAAGGCUGGAAGAAUCAUAGUUUUAACCAAUAUGUGAGUGACUUGAUUGGUGUUCGAAGAUCGUUGCCAGACUACAGAGAUGAAUGGUGCACCAUUCCUUAUAGGUACGAAAUUAAACUUCCUAAAACUUCUAUUAUAAUUUGUUUCUUUAACGAAGCCUGGUCAACGUUAAUUCGUUCUGUAAAUUCAGUGUUAGAUAGAACUCCUCCAAAUUUGUUGGAAGAAAUUAUUCUAGUAGACGAUUUUUCCGAUAUGGAGCAUUUGAAGAGUCCACUAGAAGAGUACUGGGAAAGUGAACCAAAAGUUAAAAUCGUCAGAAACACUCAAAGAGAAGGUCUUAUAAGAUCGCGGUUGAUAGGAAUGUCGCACGCUAAAGCUGAGAUACUAACAUUCUUGGAUUCACAUAUUGAAGCGACUCCAGGAUGGUUAGAACCGUUACUAGAACAAAUUCGUGUUAAUUACACUACAGUAGUGUCGCCAGUGAUAGAUAUUAUUAACUAUACAACUUUCGAAUACGUACCUCACAAACAAGACUUUUUUGUUGGGGGAUUUGAUUGGAAUUUAGUCUUUACGUGGCAUAAAGUACCGCAAAGAGAAAAUGAACGAAGAACUGAUUCAGCAGAACCAGUGUACAGUCCUACAAUGGCUGGAGGUCUGUUUAGUAUCAGCAAAAAGUUUUUUGAAGAAUUGGGAACGUACGAUCCAGAUCUAGAGAUAUGGGGUGGAGAAAAUUUGGAGCUGUCGUUUAAAAUUUGGACUUGUGGUGGUUCACUACAGAUUGUUCCGUGCUCUCACGUCGGACAUGUUUUUAGAGUGAGCUUUCCGUAUACUAUUAGCAAUGGUGAAUCUACAAAAAGUGUUAUGGACAGGAAUCUGAAACGUGUGGCUGAAGUCUGGAUGGAUGAUUACAAAGAGUACUAUUAUAAAAGGAAAGGAACUUAUUAUAAAAGUGUAGAGUAUGGUGAUGUAUCUAGCAGGAAAAAACUUAGAAGGGAUUUGCACUGUCAGUCAUUUGAGUGGUAUAUAAAGAACGUGUAUCCCGAAUUGUUUAUACCAGAUAAAAUCUACGGAUACGGUGUUAUUGGUACUACCGACUGGAAGUUUUGUCUAGAUAGUUGGGGAAGACAUGGCAAUGCUUUUGUUCCUCUUCCGAUUAAAACAUGCUACGCAGAUAGUCUUGGCGGUAGCCAGUUCUGGUACUAUACACAUGACAAAGAAAUAAGAAAAGAAGAGCAUUGUAUGGAUUUGAAUGAAUCGAACGAAGAUCUUGUUGGUUUAUACCCAUGCGAUAAAAAAUCUAGCAGUCAAAAGUGGAUUUUUGAUCCAGUUUCCAAGUUUUUCGUUAACCAAUCGAAUAAAAAGUGCUUAGAUGUCGAAAAUAAAGAACUAACAGUGACUGAGUGUGAUAAUAAAAGGCCACAUCAAAAAUGGUUUGUACAACAUAUCAAUGGUACUCAAAAUUCGCCGUACUCGUUUAAUAUUAAAAAACUAACCAACUAAGUGUACGGGCAGAAAUAAGUGAAUAGAUACAACAGACUUGAAUCUCAAUUGAACCAAGUUGUUAAAUCGUUGUUUUGUAUAAAUAUAUGAUGGCUAUAUGCAACAAAAUAAUUUAACAUAAUCAAAAUGUAAAUUUUUUAAAACGUCUAAGACUCUUCG